ACCCGGACAAAAUACACGGACGUACCAUGGAAGCUAGUGUGGGAAACAACAUGGAAGCUGUCAGAAGGAGUAAAGAGGACAGAAAAGUUCUUCGUAAACAGUUAAAAGCCAGUCACACUUUGCUGAAACAUGAAGGCAUCAGUACAGCACCGCAGCCUACCAAGAGCUUGGUGGUGGCUAAUGGUGGCCUGGGGAACGGAGUUAGUCGAGAGGAGCUGUCUGCAGCGCUGAACGAGAUGGGAGAGGUGGAGACACUGAUCAUGCACCCUCACAAGCCUUAUGCUUUUGUCACGUACAGAUCUGAAGAGAGUGCUCGGAAAGCCCACACCCACCUCAAUGGGGAAAAGCUUCAAUGCGGAGAGAACAGCGUCACACUCUACCUCAGUUAUGUCGACUCAGUAACCUGUCAGGAGGAGGUGUCCGUUCCUUUGCCUGAUGGAUUAGUGUUGGUGGAGGAUUUUGUGUCUCCGGAGGAAGAGGCUCUGCUGCUCGCUGCUGUCGACUGGUCGUCCACUAAUGAUGAUGUCACUGCUCAAAAAGCUCUGAAGCAUAGAAGAGUCAAACAUUAUGGCUUUGAGUUUCGCUACGACAACAACAACGUGGAUAAGGACAAGCCAUUGGCUGCAGGUAUUCCUCAGGAGUGUCUAGCUGUUCUGGAGCGGUGUGUGAAGAACAAACACGUCGACAUCCUGUCAGACCAGCUGACUGUCAACCAGUAUGAGUCUGGACAGGGCAUUCCUCCUCACGUGGACACUCACUCUGCUUUUGAGGACGCCAUCCUGUCUCUGAGCCUUGGAGCAAAGACGGUGAUGGAGUUCCGUCAUCCCGAUGGCCGUCUUGUUGCUGUGGUGUUGCCAGAGCGGAGCCUCCUGGUGAUGAAGGGAGAGAGCAGAUACCUGUGGACACAUGGGAUAACUCCUCGGAAGUUCGACAUGGUGCCGGCCUGCAACCCACAAUCCCCUGCUCAUACGACGCCUGAUCUCAGUACUUACAGCAAUCUCACUUUGAGCAAGAGGGACACCCGCACUUCUUUCACUUUCCGCAAGAUCAGACAUGAACCCUGCGGCUGCGCCUUUCCCUCUGCCUGUGACAGCCAGGGAGCUCCCUCAGCACCCUUACCGCCGUCUCCUCCCCCCUCACUACCCUGUUGCCAUGCCGAUGCAGCCCUUCUGGAGGAGGAGUACGUGCACCGGGUGUACGACGCCAUCGCCUCACACUUCAGCAGCACUCGCCACUCCCCUUGGCCCCGCGUUUGCCACUUCCUGUCAUCGCUCCCGGCUGGCAGCAUGCUGGCUGACGUGGGCUGUGGAAAUGGGAAAUACCUGGGGGUCAACCCGGAGGUGGCUGCAGUUGGUUGCGACCGGAGCAGCGCUCUCGUCCACAUCUGUGCAGAGAGGGGCUUCCAGGCGUUUGUAUCCGAUGCUCUCAGUGUCCCUUUGCGAACAGCCUCCUGUGACGCCUGCAUCUCUAUAGCUGUCAUACACCACUUCUCCACACAGGAGCGUCGUCUGGCAUCAGUGAGGGAGCUGGUGAGACUUUUGAAGCCUGGGGGUCGAGCGCUCAUCUACGUUUGGGCUUUUGAGCAAGAGUACAACAAGCAGAGGUCCAAGUACCUCAAAGACCAGAACAAAGAGCAUCCUGAGAACCACAGCGCUACCGAAAACACACAAACAACAGGAGGCAGCCAGGAACCUCACGGGACAUCGAGUGUCCAUACCAGCAGACAUUUAGAAGACAACUACAGGCCUGUAGAGAACAUCGAUGUGACUGAUGGCAAACUCAGUGUGCACACCAACCGAACAGCAUUCAACACACAGGACCUGUUGGUUCCCUGGCAUCUGAAAGAAGGGAAAAAACGAGCGGAGGAAGAACCGAGAGAUGGUGGAAAGAAGGAUAAAAGGAAAGAGAAAUCCCAAAAGACUUCAGGUAACACCUGCUCAGCCUACGGUUCAAGUUCCAUAGCCAAAUUAGACUGUAACCCUGGUCCCAGUCCAGGUUUUCUCUCCGACAUGUGUUCUGGAUCAGGUCCUGACACCAGUGAUGCCACUCACAGCCCAGACUCUAAACCCGGUGCAAGUGGCGACACUACUCAGACCUCCAGUUCUGCUCUGAAGUCGGAGUCUGAGAGCAGUCCCGUGCCUGUUUUUCACCGCUAUUACCACGUGUUCCAGCAGGGGGAGCUGGAGCAGCUGUGUGGUCAGGAGGCUGGAGUCAAAGUGCAGAGCAGCUACCACGAUCAGGGUAACUGGUGUGUUAUUUUAGUGAAGGACGCGUUAUAAUAAUUCAGCAACAAAUACAUAUUCAAAUAAGAAAGGUAAUGCAAUGUAAACAAAGACUGAAUGAAAAGAUCCUUUAUUUGGACAAAUGCAGAAAAGU